AAUCAGCUUUCGGAAGCAUUCUACUUGCUGUAGUUUGGUCUGGCUUUGCGAGACUAUUCGGAAGCUGACUGAAGCGUUGGUCAGUAACGCAAAGAACCUAAACCGCAGUAAAAACAGCCGUAUCAAAAUAAAUCAUUGAUGGCGGCAGUGCGAGCAUGUGGCUUCAUAGUGUUCCGUCGCUUAGCCAGGUCUACACCUCCUCAAAAUAACAUUGAGUACCUUCUCUUGCAAACCUCCUACGGAGAACACCACUGGACCCCACCUAAAGGUCACGUAGACCCUGGGGAGGAUGACCUCACCACAGCCCUGAGGGAGACCCAGGAGGAGGCAGGCUUGGAGGCCAAGCAUCUUCGGGUGGUUGAAGACUUUGCAAAGGAGCUCCGUUAUGAGGUGCGGGGGAAGCCCAAGGAAGUGUUGUACUGGCUCGCUGAGCUGAGAGACCCAGAGGCGACCGUGACUCUGUCUGAAGAGCACCAGGACUACCGCUGGGCCCCUCUGGAAGAGGCCUGCUCCCUGGCACAGUAUAAAGACCUCCAGGACACCUUGAAGGCAGCACAGAAACACCUUACCUAAAGACACUGCAGAACACUAAUAGAGGACCUAUGGAGAAGGAGAUCAUGAAGUAGAAUAAAUCAUGUUUGACUGAAUAGGCGAAUCGGUCUUAUCAGAAGCUGACCAACUGGGAAAACAUGAGAAUACGAUUUAUGUGCCAGUCCUAUUAUAACAUUUCUGCUAUUGUGGGUUCUAUGGUUUCAGUUUUUAUUGAUUGUUGGAAGUUAAUUUCCGCAACUACUAUCACUGUCUAACAAGUGUCAGAUUGGUCCUUUUUACAUUUCGGUUCAUUCAAAAUAACACAAUAUAGUUACUGGCUGGACAAUACUAGCCUUGUGAGACUAUCCUGAUUGUCUUUUGUAUUUGGCAAUAUGCAAAACCAUCUGCAGAAAGAAAUCAAAUGUGAACUUGUGUGAUCUGGAUGGUCUCACGAGGCUAGUACAAUGCUCUAGUCAUUGGGUUAUAUGAUAAUAUCAAAUGUAAUGCUGUUGAGCUACUGACAUGUUGCCUCACACUCUUCUUUUGCAAUAAUCUGUCUACUCGCAAGUAAAUAAAUUAUUUGAAUUUA